UGGCGUUUUGUUUAAUUAAGUAACUAUUGGAUUUUAUUCAGAACAAAUGGUGAUAUUCACAUACACCAUCAGUGUGAGGCAGACAAGGACUUUGUUCAUUGCUAACGUGAAGCCUCGUCCUACAGCAGAGGGACACAUCUGUAAAUCACUGAAUUUUCAGAUCGGAAUUCCUCAGACCAAAGUGCUCAGCAAUACCUAAAUACAGUUCUUGGUGUUCUUAAAAUUGGAUACAGCGUUGGUUGAUUAUAUUACUGGCUAAAGUUAGUGCAGGGAUAUGGGAGAAACAUUGAGACUAUUAUUGGUCGGUGUUCUCGUGUAUGUUUGGCCUCUGGUCUGGACGUACACACUAAGUGACGAACUGAAUCUACACACCGCUAUAUUCCCAUCUACGUACGACACCAACAUCAGACCCGGAGCAGAUAGGGCCGAUCCGCUACAAAUAAACGUCACGUUUACCUUCAAAAGCAUUAAAGAAUUUGACGAAUCCGUCAGCAAGUUCUCAAUAACUGGAGCCAUAGGGGUAAUUUGGAGGGACAACCGUUUGACGUGGAAUCUCUCCAAUUAUGGAGGAGAUUUGUAUACCACCCUUGUCCCCCAGAAAAGAAUAUGGGUACCGUUCCUCGUCAAUAUGCUACAUUAUAACACAUUAACAGAAAUUGGACAUGAAAAUCUUAACAUAAGGUUAGACAGUAGUGGACUGAUAACUUGGAUUGUGCCUAACCUCUUCGAAAGUACUUGUGACGCUGAUUUGUCCUAUUACCCUUUCGAUUCCCAGACUUGUCUUAUGAGUUUUUACAUACCAGGGUUCUUGCCCUCUGAAAUACAAUUCUACACUCCCAGUCAGACAAUGAGUGUGUCCACCUACAGUGAAAAUGCCCUAUGGGAUGUUAUAGAAACGAAAAUUUAUACCGUCACCAAUACACUUCAAUUUCAAGAAGUGCGCAUGUCUGUCAGAAUGAAAAGACGUCCAGUUUAUUAUAUAUCCAGUUUAGUUCUGCCGGUUUGUUUUCUAUCGUUCCUACAAUUAUUUGUAUUUUUGAUGCCUACUGACUCCGGUGAACGUGUUGGAUUUGCAAUAACAGUCCUUCUAGCAGUUGCUGUCUAUUUGACCCUAGUCCAAGAUAAACUGCCGGAAGGGUCCGAGCCCAGCGUUUCCUACCUCAGCUACAAACUUCUUGGAGACUUUAUGAUCGGGGUGUUUAUGAUGAUAGGAGUCAUUGUGGGAUUACGCUUUUAUCACAGGGAUGACAACACCUUAAUUCCGAACUAUCUACAGAAGUUUCAUGGAGUUGUCCUGGGUAGCAGUUGUUUUCCUUGUAGAAGAAAGCGCAAGGUGACAGUUGACGAGAAGGAAAUCGCUAAAGACGUUAAGGAAGACCCGGGGUCUACACUCCUGACAUGGCGCGAUAUCAGCAUGGCGACAGAUCGCUUCUGUCUCUCUAUGUUUGGAUUUUUACUACUGAAUUGUAACAUGGUAUACAUUAUUGUUAUUGCAUCAUUCUAUUGAUUCAGUCAAAUAAAAUGCUGAUCCAUCUUCACAAA